AUGGACCACUCCAGACAGGACAGUGUCGAACGACCAGCAAAGAGACCAUGUCUAUCAUAUACCCCCGACGACGACAAAGAGAUUCCCGCAGAAUUUGAUCUUACAGCUGCACGAGCACAGAAUGACUCGCGACUGAAGUCUCUCUUCGAAGGAAUUUUCGCGAAAUAUAGCCAGGACUUCACUAACGUUGGUGAUGAGAUUGACCUACAGACCGGGGACAUAGUGGUUGACAAUGGGCAUCUCUUGGGCAUGCGCGAUGAGCAGGACACUGGUUACCAGCCGCGAUCAUGGCUCUCCCGAGGUGACGUGGAUGAGCCGAAAGACCCUGAUGCAGACGAUGACAUCAACACGAAGGGAGAUGAGGAUGAAUUCUAUUCUAUGGCAUCUUCUCCCGGUGGCCAUUCUUCAGAAGCUCCGCGUGAAGAGUCGCCAUCGAAACAGCUACAGACAGACAUGGAUACCUCCAUGGAUUUCUUGUUCACCUUUAAAGCAUCUGGAACUGCAGGGCUCAGUUCUACGACCAAGAAGGAGCCUGUCUCCCAUCCCACCAAUCCCAUCCCAACUUCCAACCCGGAAGAUCCAAUCUGGGCAGUCCCAGACUUGCCUCCAUCGUUUUCAACGCCCACCACGGAGACCCGCAAAUCAAACGUGGGCUUCUCUCCACUUGUCGGGUCUACAUCUCCGCCAGGGAGCGGCUCUGUCUGGGCUCUGCACAAACCCCGCAGACCACGUACGGAAACGAAACCAAAGGCUACGCCGAGUAAACGUCGACCGGCUGCGAAGCGCAAGUAUCAUUCUAGCCCUGUGACGCACGACUGGUCUUUUGCGGCAAUGCCAGAUGGAAAUGAGUCCGAUGACCCGUUGCAGGACCAUGAGCCAUCACCGACACCAUCGAAGGUGAGGAUUAUUCGCGGGAAGCGCCAUAUCCCAACCAAAGAGAACGAUGGUCCAUCUACGCCUUCGAAGCGGCCAGCCGUUAUCAUCAAAGUUGAUGCUCUAGUUGAUGCUCAAGUUGAUGCUCAAGUUGAUGCUCAAGUUGAUGCUCAGGUCGAUGCUCAGGUCGAUGACCAAGAAAUAGGCCGGGAACCAAGUGAUCACGAGGAUCAAGUGGCUGGUGCACAACCCGAAAAAGGUAGCCGGGAAUCCAGCAAUCAGUUUGAUGAAUUGCCUGAGGCAUUCCUCGAAGAUGGGGUCUGUGAAUCGAGCCACCAAGAAGACGGAGUAACUGAAAAACAACUCCAAGAAGGUUAUGCACCAAAUUACCAAAACCAAGCAUCUGAGACAGAGAACAAAAACGAAGUACUACGUGAUUCUACGGCGGAAGGCGAUUCAACCCCCAGGGCCACGGCUACGACCAGCAUACAGGCCCCAUCCCCGCAGCCUAUGGAAAACACCCCAAGCAAAAGCCGGCCCGUAACACCCGAUGAAGCAAAGUUAAUCGUAUACAUGAUGUACAAACAAGAAAAGAAGGCCAGUGACGUGAUGUACAUGUUGCCUGGUCGCGAGUACCAGACAGUUUGGCACUGGUACUACAAUCACUGGACCCGCCGCCUCGCCAAUCCGCCUCUAAUUUCCGCUACCUGGUCCCAACCGGAGCUUGAAGCUUUGUCCCGACUCAGUACCCAAUCAGACCUUACCUGGGGUCAGAUACAAGGUCGGUUUAAGGGCCGAUCACGACAUGAGGUUGAGUUUGAGCUGCUACGUGCUUUUGUUGGCGAGGGCUUUACCUCUGCUAUGAUCGGGAGCGUGGACAAACAGGCGGGGCCGGAAGAGCAGCAGUAUGAAGAUGAAACACAGGACGACGAGACAAAGAACUAG